AUGGGCGGGAUCCCCCUCUGCCUCGCCGGCCGCAGCCUCUGCUCUCUCUGGCGCCGGGCUCCGGAGGGGCGUCGGGCCUCGUCACGGCCGAGAGGGGCCGGGCUGCCUCCCCAUUGGAAGGAAGGCAGGAGGAGACGGCCCCUUGCGGCCCACGGAGAGCCCCGACGGGAAGGGAGAGCCAACGCGGAGCCCGAGGGAAGGAAGGAAGCCCGGGACGCGACGUCGGAAAAAGAAAAGCCAGGAGGGGAAGGAAGACAUCACAGAGACAGAACUAGUCAGACUUCACUUGGCAAGAGUUCCAGAGUUGCUACUGACAAGGCCUGCUUUCCUCCAGUUCUUGGAUGGACAGAAAAUAAACCAUCCUGCAAUGGCCUUAAAACAGAGAAGGAACAGUCCAGGUGUAAGUCAGAUCUGGCCAUCCGAGACAGCAGGAGACGGAUCGGAGGACCAGACCAAGAGGAUAAAUGGAUGCAGGAUCCAGUCAAGGGAGCGAGAGAUUUAAUCUCUUUAGGCGUGGAAGAGAUAAGUCGCGUAAAUAAACAAACACCUGAACAAGAGACAAUGCCUCUCUUUCCGUACCGGGCCAUCAGAUACCCAUCAAAUGGAGCUCAGGCUUUCCUCUCUCAACCUGAAACCCUGCGGUGGGCAAAAAUCUGGCGACUUUUAAAAGGGAGCCGGGAAGCGAGCGUCUGGUUGGUGUCCGUUCCUUGUCAGCUGCAUCCAAACUGCGGAAAUAAUCCGGUUUGA